AAAAAUCAAUUCUGAAUCAACACUGAAACCCAAACGUUGAAAGAAGAAAACAAUAAGGAGGUUUAGCAAACAGGGUGUUAUCAAUUAGAAUUGAAACAGAUAUAUAACCAUAGAUUGAACUUGCAGCUGUGAAGGUAGAUUCAUAUAAAUACAUAUCCAUCCGUUGGCUUUCAUCUCAUUCAUUACCUUUCAUUACACGUUAACAGUUUUGACGAGCAUUAAAAUUCAUAAUCAUAUAUCAUAUAUCAUAUAUUACACACACAUUUACAAAAAAUCAUAACUUAUCAUGGAUCAACUGUAUACUUACGAGAGUCCUUCGAUGAUCAGUAACUCUCCUAUGAUCAACUAUAGAAAAGAUGCCAAAAAAGGGGUAAAAUUCACUUUUAUGGUGGUUGGUGAACUGGGUAAUGGUAAAACUACUUUUAUUAAUAGUCUUUUAAAUAAAAAAGUCUUGAGUCAUCGUUUUGAAAAUGCUAGUGAUACUGAUACUAAAACUUUAACUUUCACAUCUGCUAAAUCAGUUGCCUUACCAAAUACUUCUAUAUUAACUAGACAAGAAUUCAAUGCUAGAACUUCCAAUGAAGAACCUGGUAUUGCAUUAACUGAAACAAAAGUUGAAUUAAUUGAUGAUGAAAAUUUAAAAUUAUUAUUAUCAAUUAUUGAUACUCCAGGGUUUGGAGAAAAUUUAAAUAAUGAAUUAUGUUUUCUUGAAAUUGAAAAUUAUUUAAAACAACAAUUUGAUUUGGUUUUAGCUGAAGAAACUAGAAUUAAAAGAAAUCCAAGAUUCAUAGAUACCAGAGUUCAUGCUUUAUUAUAUUUCAUAACACCAACUGGUCAUGGAUUAAGAGAGAUUGAUAUUCAAUGUAUGAAAAGAUUAUCAAAAUAUGUUAAUAUUAUCCCUGUUAUAGGUAGAGCUGAUACAUUCACUGAAACUGAAUUAAAACAUUUUAAAACUCAAAUUAAAAUUGAUAUUGAAAAAUUCAAUGUGCCAAUUUUUCAAUUUGAUAGUAUAUUACAUGAAUUUGAUGAAGAUGAAGAUUAUGAAUUAAUUCAAGAAUGUAAAUAUUUAGCUGCUUUACAACCAUUUGCCAUUAUAACUUCUGAAGAAGAAUUUGAAGUUAAAGAUCCAACCAAUGGUCAAACUAAUUUAAUUAGAGGUAGACAAUUACCUUGGGGUUUAAUUGAUAUAAAUGAUACUCAAUAUAGUGAUUUCCCUAUUUUAAAAUCAGUAUUAUUAGGAUCUCAUUUACAAGAUUUUAAAGAUUUAACUCAUGAUUUCUUAUAUGAAACUUAUAGAACUGAAAGAUUAACUAAAGUUACUGGAGGUAAUAAUAAUGGUGGUUCAAAUAAUCAUAAUGAUGAUGAAUAUGAUGAUAGUGAAUUCCAUGAUACAGUUGAACAUCAUAAUGAAUUUGGAGCUAAUAGUGUUCCAUCAUUAUCUAAUUUAGCUCAACUUACAAAUCUUAAUACUACUCUUGGAAGUUCAAUUACCAAUAGUACUAGUCAUAAUGGCGAUGAUGAAUCACUUGCAUCUAAUAGUUCAAUUUCAAGAAAGAAAAAUACUUUAUUAUUAGAUGAUGAUGAUGAUGAUGAAGAUUUUAAUGGAACUUCUAAAACUAAAGAUAAUGGAUCCUUUACAUCAUCAACUUCAACCAUAUCAUUUGAUCAUGGAAAAGAUAAUAUACCACCACCCAGAAAUCUUAUUCCAACCAAUGGACAAUUCAAAAGACUUUCAAUUGCCCCUCAACGUAAUCAAUUACGUCAAAUUUCAGAAACUGUACCUUAUGUUAUAAGACAUGAAAGAAUUUUAGAAAGACAACAAAAACUUGAAGAAAUGGAAAUGGCUAGUGCCAAAGAAUUAGCUCAUAGAGCAGCAUUAUUAGAAAAGAAAGCCGCUGAAUUAAAACUUAAAGAAAGAGCAUUAAUGAAAAGACUAGAAUCAGUUGAAAAACCGAAAUCUAAUAAUGAAACUACCAAUGAUGAUGAUGGUGAAAAUGAUGGUGAUACUACAAGACAUUCAACCAUUACUAAAGAUGAGACAUUGACUGAUCUUCAUUCAUAUGUGGAACAAAGAAGUUGAUCAAGAAAGAAAGAAAGACUUUUAUAUAUCUAUGUGUAAAUAUAUAAUCUAUCAUAUUAUUAAAAAGAGAUGAUUUAUUAGUUUUAUAGAUAUUGAUGUAGGAUAACAGUGAUCCAUAUUGGUGAUAACUUGUAGUUAAACGUAAGUAAUUGACCAUUGAAUGAAGGUACUAACAUAUGACAGUAUAGAGUAACCCAUUCAAUGACAUACAUAACCCAUAAUGUUCAUACCUACUAUUGGUAAACUUCCAUCUAUCCCAUCCAUCCAGCUACUAAAUAGGAAUUUAUAGACUAUUAUUAUCAAUUUGAUAAAUACACACUCUCCCAAAGUCAACAGCUAAAUUUUUUCUUUUCUCAGAAAUCAAAAGAAGAAAAAAAAAUUAAAAUUAAAAUCUCAAAAUCUGAUUUCAUCUCUCUCUCACAGACUUUUGAACAACAGGACAAGAAGACCUUACGACGGCGACG